AUGUAUAUCUUGAAAGGUAUACAAAAAUGCUAUGAGAUAUUGUACACAAACAUCAGCAGCAAUGUAGUCAAUGCAGGGUUUACUCAAGCAACGAUGACUAUUCUAUUAGUACUUAUUUAUUUGUUCUUUAGCCUCCAAACGGUUUUGGCUGCUAUUAGCGGUGGUAAUACCACCACGUUUGAUCCAACACCAGAAGUUGACUCGGUUGAUGAAAUCAAUCCUGCGUCUUCAAAUUAUACAGCUGGCGAUGAUUCUACUGACGGAACAACUAUCAGUCCAAUAGACAUAACAGAUAUUAUUUCAAGCAAUGGUGGUAUCCACGCGGUUCAAGGCCGCCAAGCGAUUGCUCGAGUGAUUGUAGACAGAAAUACUACAGCUGUAGUACUCUUUGAGCAAGAUGGAGACUCUGUAAAAUAUGACUUAUUCGUUGUCCUGUCGGGAUCAUCAGAUGGAUGUAUUUCUUGGGACGCUGCUAUUGCCCCGACUCUCAAUCCUGGCAGCAACGAAUGCCCUAUCUUUACAGAUACCACCUGCCUGAAGACAUUAAAGCCCGAUAUUUGUGCAGCUGGACCUUUUGGAUUUGGCGAAUGUGGAACAGGUCAAGGAAAAGCAGGCAUUAAGCUUGGGAAACAUGAAGUCCACAGUAAUACCCCGAUCUAUUCUGGCCGAACAAACAUGUUUAACUUGUUAGACAAUGAUCCAUAUACAGUCAUUGGACGGUCCGUGAUGAUAGCUUUUACGCCCCAUCCAGGUGCAAAGCAGCGCAUAUCAUGUGGAAUAACUCAACUUGGAGAAGGUGAAGUAAACAACUUCUUCCCGUUUCCUGAUUCUAGCGGUAGUCGCAAACAUACAAGCCUAUCCGAAAUCUUUAGCAUCUUACUUUUGGUGGCCGCAUUUUACUUUGUUUAUGUUUAA